CAGUCGUGUUCGUAACGUCGUCGAGUUGAAACCGCCAGAAAAGAGCCAUAGCAUAUUCUCACAGCUACAUAUACAUAUGAGCAGGCAGCAGCAGCAGCAGUAGCAGCGGCAGAGAGAAAAUCGGUUCAAUCUUGAAAAGUGUGUUUCCCAGUGCUUCACCUGAAGUUUUUUGGCACUACCUUGCCUUACCAGAGUAAGGUAUUCGCUUCAGUGACCACGAACCACGACCACGCAGGAGAAAGAAGCGGCUGACAGAAGUGCGAUAUGCAGGCAGCGCGAAGCGGCUAAAAACGGAAGUCAAUUUGGCCUAUGACAAUACAAACGCACUUUCUUCGCUACGCAUUGUCCAGGUGCGUGUGCGUAUAGAGAGAGCGAGCGAGAGGUGAAAUAUUUAGGUUUAAAGGCCAGGCGCGUGUGUGUGACCCAUGAAAAGUUGUUAAACAUAAGCAACGUCAAUCGCCGCUGAUCGAAAGAAGAGAAACCCCUACGCGCGCGUGUUUAAUUUGUAUUUUUGGCACUUUGGUUGGCAAACAGCAAAAGCAUUUCCCUAUGAUUGGCUCAUUCUGGAAUCUGUGCAGAGCGUGCCCAUCAAUGCCGGUAGACAAGCUCCACUCGGAGUAUCGGAGCACUUAUCGCUGGCAUGAAUUUACGGGCAACUCGCGGCCAGAGGUUGUGCGACGGGCGCCUGCCCCAAACCCAAGUCAAUUUGUUGGAGCGACAAAUGAGCCGCCAUUGCCACGCCGGAAAAAAUGUCCAGAAUUAGCAUAUAAAUCGCACGAGUUUAUUAUAGGAUCGGAGUAUACAGAUGGACGCCGAGAUGCCAGUGCACAUCGUUUGGCGAGAUCGGAGGAGCGCGGUGGCACACCUUCGCGCCGCAGCAAAUCGGAGGGACCACCCGUUGUGCCCAAUGGACGUGCGUAUCCCAUUGCCACGGAGAUCGACGGAACCACAAGAAAACAGGCGGCUACUCUACAUGAGUUGGAGCCCUUGGUUAGCGAUACGGAUGAUAGAAAAACUCACGAGAAACAAGUGACCAUUAUGGAGCGCAAGACCACCUCGCGUCCCUUCUCGCAGGCCAUCGACCAGGAGCGCCUAAACCACUUCAUCACGAAAAAGGAGAACUUUGGCUUCGCCGACGCCGCCGUGGCCGCCGCGGCCCUCAAGGACGAGGUGGACAACCGGCAGGCCGGCGAAUCCGGCCAGGUGGUGGUCAUGAACGGCUCUGCCCCGCCGCACUCGAAACCGAAUUUGGAUUUGUGGUUCAAGGAGAUGGUGGAGCUGCGCAAAAAAGCCGGCGAAUACAAGUGUCGCGGUUGGGGCAUAGAAAUUGAUCCGGAAUUGUAUAAGAAACAGAAGGAUCUUUGGGAUCAGGUUUCAAAGCGCAGCUCACUUUCGGCACUUUCCCUAGCCUCUUCAGUUCAUAGACCUAUUACAAAGGAGGAGAAGGAACAGGAGAACAAUAAGAAGUCCACGCCAUUGCAGAAGGCCCAGAAGCCGCGUGUUCCUGGCCAAGCCUUUUUGAUUGAUAAUAAGGAUGAGAUUUCAGCACUGCCAGCACGAUUUAGCAAUAUACGCCAUCACCUUGAACGCACCACAGAUGUGGAAGAGGGAGCUUUGUUGCCCUCGCCAACGCGCGAGAAGCUGAUGCCGGCUAUUACCAAGCGGGAAUCGGAAUCUCAGCGAGGAAGUCCCAAGAAGACCGCCUUGUCCAGGCACGGAUCGCCUCAGAAGGGCAGUCCUCAAAAGGGCAGCCCCAAGAAGGUCCUUAAAACCCGGUCGCAAUCGGCUGGUCCGGGCGUUGCUGAGAAUGAGUCACCGAAGCGGCAGAUCCGGUCGGCGAGUCAGGCACCCAGCAGCCGUAAAAAGACGCCGACAACCGGAAGCGGAAGCGAACGCAAGGCACGCCCAUCCACCCUAUCCACAACAUUCCAAUCCCGCAUUAAAAGUAGUUCCUUGCCACCGCCCAACGGUAGAGUAGCCUCAGCGCCGCCAGCCACUGCAGCAGCAGCAUCAGCAGCCAAAUCAGCAUUAAGCGCUAAUCAGGCUCAUGCUAAUCAAUCACAAUCAUCACAUGCCAAGAGCGGUAGCAUCAGCGGCAGAAUUUCAAAGCCAUCGGCCUCAUCCGCCCAACAGCAACAACAGCAGCAACAGCAACAGCAAAUGCGUAAGAAAGACAAAGAUAGAUCGAAUAGUAGUUGCAUUGGCAGUGGUAGUCAUGUUGGUGCUGGUAGCGGUAGUCAAGCAAAUAGUGUCAAGCAUCUGCAGAAUAAGCAAAAGCAACAACAACUACAGCAGCAACAGCAACAAAAGCAACAACAACAACAGCAACCGCAACAGCAACAGCAAAAGCAGCAGCAAAAACAGCAGCAGCAACUCGAUGUUGCAGCAGCAGCAACAGCAGCAGCAGCAACAUCGGCACCUCCCCAAAACCCAACCCGGCCUGCCACCAUCAACAUCAAACGGCUCACGGUACCAGGUCAGGAUAGAAAAUUGGCUGAAAACGAAGGCGAGGAUGGUCGUGAGACUGCCAUUUCCAUUUCCAGCUGUAGUCCCCAGCCUCCGGUGCCGGAGGUGCCCGAGGAGCCCCUGGUGAAGUCGCCACCAGAACCGACCCGGGUCAAAUCCCCGGAGCAGAUCAUAAUGCGCUCUCCUGAUCCAGUCAACUGGACGGUGCCCCUGGACACUGGCAAAACCUUCACGGUGACGCAGAAUGUCAAAGAUGGGGAGAACUACAGCCGACCUCAGAGCGAGAUUAAAGCGUCGACACCGGUGGAGAAGCCCCCACCGCCACCACAAUCGGCUCCGCCACAAUUAACCGAACAGGCUAAGAUGGACGGUAAGCCAUUAAGCACGCUUCAAUAAAAACGCAAAACUUCCAUACCAAAAGCAUCAGCAAAACCAAACGAAGUCGACAAACAAAACCAAUCCAGAAAAACCAAAAAAGUCAAAUCGCUUUUACAAAUAUUUAUAUAUUAACUCGUAUUUAAAUAUAUGUAUCUGUAUAUGUAUAUGUAUGUAUCGCUACUCACAAACAUCAUCAAAAAUCCAAAAUCGAAUCAUCGUUAGCCAAACUCCAACUUCUCCAACUCCAAAUCCAAAAACCCAAAACGAAAACCAAAACCACACCAGCAAAUUAAGCCAAUCUCGAUAAGCGUAAAUAUAAAGCAAAGUUCCCCUCUUUCUGUAUCAAGCCAAAAGCAAUUGUGCAAGCCAAUGCAAUCACAUAGCGUACCCGAAACCGUAGAUCCUUGCGUAACAUAACGAACACUAUUUCCAAAACUAUCUCCCCCUCCCCCCACCCUUUCGACCACUGCCAUCCCGCCAGCCUGGAAGUCCUGCAGUCCGACCACCAGUGCCGCGAUCUACGGCAAAACACUGACGCCCCAUGCCACACCCACCGGCCAGCCGGGCGUGGCGGUGCGCUGCACUGUCGCCCAUGAUCAGCCGCCUCAGCAGCCGGAUCCUGCGAUGUCGUCCUCCUCGUCGACGGGCACUGCCUCCACCGCCCGGACAACUGCCGCCGAGGUCCUGGAGAAGGCUCGCGACCGAUUCGAUCGAUUCUGGGGCAGCAGCAGCGCCAGCAAGGAGGAGAGCGUCUAGAUUCGAGAUUCGAGUUUCGAGAUCCUGGAUCCUAGGUCAGGCACUCAGUGCUUUUGAAGUGCAAAAUGUAUUCCCCGGGGCAGUUAAUUGGGCCCUAAAAGCAAGCAAUUAUAAUACGUAAUAGACGUUAUGCAAUACCUAAUCAUGUACACCAGCUACCCUAUCUAACAGCCUGAUGACAUUGCGACACAGAUUAUAAUUUCUUAUUCUCUAAGGUCUACUAUUAUUUGUGUAUUUUUCAUUUAAUUUUCAACUAAAGAUCAAUAACAUAUUUUUCUGUUAGUUUCAAUGAACACCCUGUUAAGUCAAAAAGUUGAAUUGAACAUCUGAAAAUGAAUUAUGAUUUAUAGAAAAAAUACCAUUAAAAUAUUUUAAUUAAUCUAUUGACAUUGUGGAUGAAUGUGUCGCAAUGAUAUCGGAACCUUAAAGAAGUCCCGCAUCGACUUGGCUUGACUUUAAAGCUGAACUCGCUUUGGAUUUCUUAGUUAAACUGCUGCAAGCAAAUCUAAUCAGGCCAAAUGUCAUCUAACGACACGAGCAUUACACAAAAAAUUAUUUAUGUAAGACACUUUCACUGCCUGAACCCAAUCCGAAUACGAAACCGAACUCAAACAAAUGUUGUAUACUUUGAAAUUCACCCAGAGAACUUUGCAAUAUUUCGAUAUCAUCCAAUCAUACAAAAUAUUCAAAUGGGACAAACAUCACCGCAAUGACCCGUCCAAAAAGUGAGUCCAUUCGACAAGAGAUAUACUCACAUUUUUGUAGCUUUCAUUAGAGGAGCAACCGUAUAUCUGGGUAAUGCAUAAGGUGAUCUAAGCUAAACUGCUGAUCCGAAAGAUACCAAACGUUGAAAAUAGAUUUUGCACAUGAACGACAAAGGGAAAAUAACAAAAAGCGACAACAUGAUGUUAAGAAUAAUUUAAGAAGACACACUUUGGCUAAUAAAAACUUAAGGCAAGAGAUGGUUAAAACAUGGCAACACGUAACAGAAAACAACAGCAAAACAUACUAAUACUACACAAAAAAUGCGAAACAAUGAGAUUAUGCUUUGAAAAGCUGUGAAACUAGUUUCAGACAUGCCUACAAUUCUUAUAUAUCUAUUAUGUGAAUGUGAAUGAAAUAGUCGACAAACAAAAAUGAAAACAAAAUGAUCAAACAAAAUGGAAAGACCUAAUCGAUUUAAUCAUGUUUUGAGUAAAAUUAGCACUAAAUAAUAAAGACAAAUGCUUCCCGAAGGGCAAUAGCUUUGAGAAAGUUGAUGUUAUUUUGACAAGCAUUUUGUUGGGCCUUGUUUUUUUAAUCUCUCUCAGUGUAGACAGUUUUUCAGUACAAACCAAAUACCGAUUCAAACUCAGUUUGGCAGAACUUUUCUUUUGCGUAGGAGAAGUGCUUGAAUUUAAGCCUUUCUUAAAAAUAAACAGAAAAUACAAAAUCGUGAAAGCUGAAGUUAAAUUCCAUUACCCAUAAGUUAUGUGAUUAACUUCAGUAUUGAGCUUACUUGUUGCUUGCCUAUAUAUAUUUUAAUAUAAAACUCAAAUAAACCAACCAAAAAAAAAAAUAAGAAGGAAAUAACGCCACUUUAAUGGUAUUUAUUAAACAGUUGAGUAUUUUUAUAUGUUUUUCAUGAAUGGACCCGUUUGUUAGUUGAAAUCGAUAAGUUGAUCACUGAAUCUUAUAAUUACCGAAUAGUAACAAUGCAUAUUGUCAAGAGCCCCUAAAAUGCAAAAUGUUUAUUAUGCUCAGUCUUUAAAAUGGUCACCGAUUCGAUUCAAUCAAAUGCAUUAGUUAGAAAUAAAUAAGAAGCUAAACUAACUAAACUCUGGCAAUCUCAAAAACCGUAAAAGAAGGAAAAAUUCAAUGAAAGAGAGAGGAAAUGCACACUCACAUACACAAACACAACUAUAUUUCCAGUUGCAAUUAAAGGAAAACGGUAACCCAACUGAAUGGUCGACUCUUGAACUCAUUUAGUUUUAUCGUACUUAACAAAUUUUAGGCAACUUUAAUACGAAUCUACUUAAGAACGAACUUGAUAUUAAUUCUAGCUUGUUUACAAAAUGAUAUAAAAUGAUUAACGAGAUAAAAAACCAAAACCUAAACAAAGUAUACCCUCAAAAUGAUUCCAAAAUAGGCGCACUAAACGGUUUUCCUUCGACAGCAGUGAAAAAGAAAAUCGAUUUUUAUAAACACUUAUACGAAAGUCAAACCAAUAAAUACUUUCAAUUUUCGGUUCCUUCACGAAGCAAAAUAUUAAAAGUCACCAAACAAUUAUAUAAAUUUUAAAAAUUGACUUUCACGCCCAAAUGCGCCUAAAGUUUUAAUGAAUUAAAAAAGCCUCAUAUGAAAUGCAAUAAUACCAGUAACUAUACAACCCAAUUGAUAAUUUUUUCUGAAUUGUCAUAAAAAGGCACACCAAAUAGCCUUCAUAGAGAUGCUAAUAACACGAUAUAAUUAUAAUUAUACUUGAGAAAACUGGCCGAAUCAUAUGAUAGAGGAGUAAUGGAAAUAAUAAAAUAGAAUCCGAAAAACAAGUGAUGGUAAAAUGAUUAUAACAUUAAAUGAAUCGAAUAAAUGAAAAAUGCAUAUAAAC